AUGGCUAUAAUCCCCAACUGGGUCGUCGUCGUCGUCCUCCUCCUCCUAACCUUCCCGCCGCCGUCGCACUCAGAAACAGAGGAUGUAAGGCUCCCCCUCCUCCAGUUCAUGAAAUUCCUCUCCCGCGGCAGGACCAUUCCUCUCCCCAACUUCGGUUGGAAUGAAACCUCCGACCCUUGUUCCUGGACUGGUGUCACCUGCGAUUCGGAGUCUCGAAUCGUGGCCAUAUUCCUACAAGGUCUCGGUCUCAGCGGGCACCUGGAAACCAGAGGACUCUGUUCGGCCCAACUUUCUCUCCGCGUCCUGGUCCUCACCAACAACAGCCUCGUCGGCCCGCUUCAGCCGGAGAUCGCGAACUGCGCGAACCUGACCCACCUGUUCCUCGGCGGGAACCAGUUGCAAGGCCCUGUUCCUGGCUCUCUCCCCCUUUUGACCAAAUUGAGACGGCUCGUGAUUGCGGACAACAGUUUCGACGGUGCUCUGCCCCGCGGCAUGUGGGGGAAGAUGUCGGGCCUGGUGGAGUUUCGGGCGGAUAACAAUCGGAUCGGUGGGGAGAUUCCUGGGGAUUUGGCGAUGCCGAAUUUGUUAGGUCGAAUGGCGUGGUUCGAUGUGUCGAAUAAUCGGCUGGUGGGGCAGAUUCCGAGUGGGUUUGCCAAUUUCUCUGCUUCGAGUUUUGACGGGAAUCCUGGACUGUGUGGACCUCCGUUGUCGGUUGCUUGCUCGCCGGCUCCUGCUGCUUCCCCUGCACCUGGCCCGAGUAAUCACGGGAACUAG